CCCAAAUUAACAUCGCUAGGUUUUUGACAGGACUCUUAUAUAAGCAUCCUUAGUCUAUCUCUAUCUCUCCAUCCCCUUAAAACUAUUAUAUACUCUGUGGCUGCUUCUUAUAUAGCGAUGAUAAGAGCAGGAUCAGUGGGAAAAAUAUCGCAUUGUGAGUAUACUUAUUGGGACGGGUCUGAUGCUCCUGGAGAAGAGGUGAUGGGUGACGAUAGUUGGGAUGACAAGGGACGCACCAAGAUCUCUCACAUAUACGUUGCUUUCGACGAAGUCAUAAUGUCUAUUCAGUUUGGUUUUUUGGAGAAUGGAGCUCUAGUCCUGUCUGAAAAGUAUGGUGCCUUCGAGGAGGGAUCCAACUUUCGUGUUUUGAGACUGAAUCAAGACGAAUAUGUAACUGGAUUGAGUGGAGUACUAGAAAAGGAUGGCAGAGGAAUCAGAAAUUUGACAUUUCGCACUAACCUUGGGGAGUAUAUGAUUGGACGUUCAAGCGACAAUUAUCCAAGUGAUUCCACAAUAGAUAUUGAUCCGGCAAUAUGUGAUCGCCGUGAGUUUGGUGGUUUCUUUGGGUCUUACGAUAGAUACCGUCUGACAUCGAUUGGUAUGUAUUUGAGUCCCAUUACAAGUCCCGACAUGGUUGUUAAACGCGAAUACAAUUGACCAAGAAAGGCCUUGUAGCCUCCUAGUUCAAGUUGCCUGUUGAGUUUUAUCUUAAAUAAACUAGCUUUAUUAGAGCAAUGUCUUUGUUUCAUCUUUCUAUAUCCCAACUCAUAAGUAAUAAAAUGGUGCCAUUUCUUCAUUUGUUA